AUGUCCCAAACUCCCACCAAUACCCUCUCCAACAUGGGCACCGACUUCACCCCCACCAUCCACCACGACACGUACCCCUACAUCUCCCCCGCUUCCAUCCCAUCCAUCCCACCCGGCCGCUCCGUCUUCAUCACCGGCGCCUCCAAGGGCAUCGGCGCCGCCACCGCCCUCGCCUACGCCCGCGCCGGCUUCUCCCACAUCGCCGUCGGCGCCCGCUCGCUGCCGGCGCUGGCGCAACUCGUCCCGGAGAUCAAGGCGGCCGCGAAAAAUGCGGGGAGGGCGGAACCGCGGGUGUUAGUGGUGGGGGUGGAUGUGACGAGGCGAGAGUCCGUGGAGGAGGCGGCGGGGAGGGUGGGGGCGUUUUUGGCUGAUGAGGAUGGGGAGGGGGAGGACGGGGUCGGGGGCGGAGGAGAAGGCAGGGGGAAGGGAGGAAGGCUGUUGGACGUGGUGGUCGCGAAUGCCGGGUUCCUCGAGAGCUUCGUCCCCGCGGCCGAGGUCGAGGAUGUCGACGAGUGGUGGCGCAGCUACGAGGUCAAUGUCCUGGGGACGUUUCUGACGUACCGCUACUUCGCGCCGCUGCUGCUGGGCCCGGCGGCGUCGUCUUCGUCUUCAACCUCAGCCGAAACGAACAACGCCACCACGGGCAACGCUGAAGAGGUGAACGGAGCGGCACAUGAUGGCGACAACGCCAGCCUCAAAACCUUCCUCAUCCUCAGCAGCAUCGGCGCGCACAACCAGCUCGUCGGCGGCUCCGCCUACCGCAGCGCAAAGCUCGCCCUGCUGCGCUUCGCCGAGCACGUCGCGUUCGAGGAGCAGCGCCGCGGGCUGCAGGUGAUAUCCAUCCAUCCGGGCGGCGUGCCGACGGAGCUGGCGUGGCGCAUGGGCGAGGAGCUAGGCCGGCAGGUGCUGGUCGACACGCCCGAGCUGGCCGCCGACACGAUCGUGUGGCUGACGUGGGAGCGGCGCGGGUGGUUGAAUGCGCGGUACGUGAGCUGUAACUGGGAUAUGGAGGAGUUGGAGGGGAAGAGGGAGGAGGUUGUGAGGGGGGAUUUGUUGAAGGUGAGGAUGGCGGUGGAGGUGGGGAAUUGA